UUUUAAAGUUGAAGAUAAAAAAUAUCCAACACCACAAAUAUGUCAAUCAGAAUUAGUUAAUAUUGAAUUUUCAUUAAGAAAAUCUUUAAUUAAAAAUGGACUUAAUUAUAUGAAAAAAUUCUUACCAGAUUCACCAAGUUCAUCAGCAAUCACCGCAGCAGUUGAAGAAUUAAAGAGAUUAAAUAUUUUAGAUUCACAAGAUAAACUUACAUCAGUUGGUGUUGCAAUCUCUAAGUUACCUGAUUUUGGUUCAUUAGCUAUGUCAAAAUCUGUUCUAUCAGCUUUAAAUCAACACAAUUGUGGACGUGAUCUUAUUGCUCUUUCAGCUAUUUUAGGUGUUUUAAAUACAUCAUCAGUUCUAAAAGCAAUACCAGAUUCAAUGAAAAGGUCCGAAGGUGACUUUAUGUCUUUACUAAAUGUUAUGAAUGAAAUUCUCUUAGUAAGAAAAAGUGUUUCUGCUCAACAGUUUAGAUUAUCUAAAGUAUGUCAAGCUAAAAACUUAACGGCUAUUUCGCAUGUUUUAAAACAAGCAUUAAGACGAUAUGUAAGUUUGGAAAAGUCAUUUAAUCUUUCAAGUGAAUAUCGUGAAAAAGCACAAGUUUCAAGUGAUGAUUGGGAAUCCGUUGCAAAAUCUUUGUUAAAUGGAUAUGGAGAAAAUGUAUUUGUAUCAAUGAAAGAAUUACAAGGAAAAACUCAUUUAUUUACAAGAUAUUCUCCUCCAAAAGAAGAUGUUGCUGUUUUAGAUCUUCAAUCAACUCUUAUUCGAGCAAUAACUUCAUCACCUGUUUCACUUGUUAUUGCUCGUGAUAUUCGAUUUUCAUCUUCUAUUCGAGCAACAGCUGUUUUAUCAUUUGUUGGCGAAAUAAAAUCACAAUGGAUUGCUUAUAGUUUUAAAAGACAAAUAAAAUUAAAUGCAGCUGAAGAAGCAAAAUUAAAUUCUGAUAAUAUUUUAACAAAUGCAAAAAAGGCAUAUCUCAAUGUUCAAAUACAACUGAAUAAUCAUAUUCUUAGUUUAGAGGGUUCAGCUGGUUCUGUUCUUGAUGCUGAACUUGAUAUUUUACAACAAUUAGUUGUUGAAAUGAAAUUUAAUUUAUCAAAUGAAUAUGCACCAACUGUAAAAACUGAUUAUGAACGUAUGCAACGGAAUCUUGAGGGUGUUUCCAAAAUGCCUUCGAUAUUUAAUCCAAUGAAAUGGCGUUGGGAAGCUCAACACCAAGUCAAAAUAACCGUUAAUAAUAAUAAUAUAACAAAUAAUGAAUGUGAAAUAACAAUCGAAGGACGUGAUUCACAAAAUCAAUUUGCAUACAACGAAUUUCGAUCGUUUUUGGGAUGGUUAAGAAAUUGUGCUGUUAUUCGACAUCCUAACGCAGGUGUUCCACCACGUAUUCUUAAACCAGCCAUGCGUAAAACAUGUCUUGAUAUUGAAGAGAGAAUUUCUUAUAUUACUGAUAGUAAACGAACAUCAAUUGACUUAUGGAAAAGUUUAAAAGGUUCAAAAGUAACACGUGAAACUCGAAUGGAAGCUGUUGCAUGGAUAGCUGUUUCGAAAUUUGAUUGUCGACUUGAAGGAGGUUUUGUUCGUGAUUGGAUUGUUGGAAAUUAUUCAGCUCGACCAACUGAAGAUCCUUCAACAUGGUUAUUUUAUACUCCUAAUGCAGCUGGUUUAUCACUUCCAUAUUUGAAUAAAGAUUUAAUUCCAUCAGAUCUUGAUUGCCAUUUACCAUCACAUAAAUAUUUUGAUAUUGAUAAAUUUUUGGAUAAUUUGCAUAAAUAUCAAAUUGAAUAUAAAGUAUUUCGAGAAGAUUGGCGUUAUAUAAUAUUAUUAGAUGAAAAUACUAAAACUGGUCCAUUUACAAUGGAUUUAAUUGAACCUCAUGUUGCUUUAACACAUGAUAGAAUUGAUUUUGAUGUUAGUAAUUUAUCAGUAGAAAAAGAUUAUACUAAAGAAAUAGGAAUGAGAGUUGAUAUAACAUAUAAACCAUAUUCAAUUGAAUUAGAAACUAUUGUUGAUAAUAUAAAAAAUAAACGUUUUCAAGUUUUACGUCCAAUUGAUAAAUAUGUUCAAGCUCGUAUUGAAAAAAUGCAAAGUCGAGGUUGGACACAACUUGGAGAACCUAUGCAUGUCAUUCCAAAUCCACCACCAAUAUAUCCAUAUAUUCUUGUUCCUUUACCUGGAUCAAUUGAAUUAUAUAAAACACUAGUUCAACAAAUGAAAACUUAUAUUAAUAAUCAUGUACGAGUAUUCUCAAUUGAUCAAAUUAAAAAUCCUUUAUUAGAAGAAGCAUAUUUAGCAAUGAAACAAUUAAUUGCUAAACAAUGUAAAGGACACAAUCCAAAUGAACGUGAAUUAUUUCAUGGAACACAAGGUGAUGCAAUUGAUGGAAUCUUAAAAGAUGGAUUUGAUGAUCGAUAUUGGGGAACAAAGGCUGGAAAAGGAAAAUGGGGUCACGGUGCUUAUUUUGCUGAUAAUCCAGGUGUUUCACAUAGAUACACUGAAGCCAAUCUGAGCGAUCAAACACGCAUCAUGUAUUACAGUAAAGUCAUUUUAGGAAAGGAAGCAAUACUUCAAGCAUUAAACUCCGAAUUAAUGUCUGCACCGAGAGGUUUUCAUUCAGUACAUGGGCAAUUUGCUGAUCAACCAAAUAACGAUGAAUAUAUUGUGUAUAGAUAUGGACAAGCCUUGCCUUAUUUAAGAAUAACUUAUAAAGCAUAA